AUGCUCCGAUUCGCAAGUCCGAAGGACUUGCCAAUUGUUUUGCCACCAUGGAUAAUCCUCCCGAUUGCGUUGCAUCUAAUCCAACUGAGCGAGCCGCAAGACCUAGACAUGAAGACAGAAACCACCCAGCAACUGGGAUACCUGAUGCGCACGCUACACACCUUGACGUGCAGAUUUGAGGGUGUUCAGUUUGUCAUCAAAAUCAUCAACGCCAUUAUCAUGCUUGUCAGGAACUCCACAGAAGAGUUGGUACUAAGUCAACCUUUCGCUUGGUCAGGGACAUCACAGAGGCGGGGCUUAGGAACGCGGUACACGCGACUUGAGCAGGACAAGGUUGUCACUCGCGUGCUCGAGGCGAUCAAAAUGGGGCUCGCCGACGAAAUUGUUCAGACAUGA